ACACCAAGAAUUUAUAUCACUAAAAUGGAUUCCCCGAUGAAGAAGGUAAAAAUCUUUACCAACUACCUCAUGGCACAUCGCUUCAAGCUCUGCUUCUUACCAUUAAUGGGUUCUAUAGCCAUGGAGGCGUCUCGUCUUUCCACACAAGAUCUCCAAAACUUUUACCUCUACUUACAAAACAACCUGACAUCUCUAACCAUGUUCUUCCUUUAUCUCGCUCUCGGUUCGACUCUUUACAUCAUGACCCGACCCAAACCCGUUUAUCUCGUUGACUUUAGCUGCUACCUCCCACCGUCGCAUCUCAAAGCCAGCACCCAGAAGAUCAUGCAACACGUAAGGCUUGUACGAGAAGCAGGUGCGUGGAAGCUAGAGUCCGAUUACUUGAUGGAUUUCUGCGAGAAGAUUCUAGAACGUUCCGGUCUAGGCCAAGAGACGUACAUACCUGAAGGUCUUCAAACUUUGCCACUACAACAGACUUUGGCUGUGUCACGUAAAGAGACGGAAGAAGUUAUCAUUGGAGCGGUCGAUAAUCUGUUUCGCAACACCGGAAUAAGCCCAAGUGAUAUAGGUAUAAUGGUGGUGAAUUCAAGCACUUUCAAUCCAACUCCUUCGUUAUCAACUAUCUUGGUGAAUAAGUUUAAACUUAGGGAUGAUAUAAAGAGCUUGAAUCUUGGUGGGAUGGGGUGUAGCGCUGGAGUCAUCGCUAUCGAUGCUGCUAAGAGCUUGUUACAAGUUCAUAGAAACACUUAUGCUCUUGUGGUGAGCACGGAGAACAUCACUCAAAACUUGUACUUGGGUAACAACAAAUCAAUGUUGGUUACAAAUUGUUUGUUCCGGAUAGGUGGGGCCGCCAUUUUGCUUUCUAACCGGUCUAUAGAUCGUAAACGCGCGAAAUACGAGCUUGUUCACACCGUGCGGGUCCAUACCGGAGCAGAUGACCGAUCCUAUGAAUGUGCAACUCAAGAAGAGGAUGAAGAUGGCGUAGUCGGAGUUUCCUUGUCAAAGAAUCUACCAAUGGUAGCUGCAAGAACCCUAAAGAUCAAUAUCGCAACUUUGGGUCCACUUGUUCUUCCCUUAAGCGAGAAGUUUCACUUCUUUGUGAGGUUCGUUAAAAAGAAGUUUCUCAACCCCAAGCUCAAGCACUACAUUCCGGAUUUCAAGCUAGCCUUCGAGCAUUUCUGUAUCCAUGCGGGUGGUAGAGCGCUAAUUGAUGAGAUGGAGAAGAAUCUUCAUCUAACUCCAUUAGACGUUGAGGCUUCAAGAAUGACAUUACACAGGUUUGGUAAUACCUCUUCGAGCUCCAUCUGGUACGAGUUGGCUUACACAGAAGCCAAAGGAAGGAUGAAGAAAGGAGAUAGGAUUUGGCAGAUUGCGUUGGGGUCAGGUUUUAAGUGUAAUAGUUCUGUUUGGGUGGCUCUUCGUAACGUCAAGCCUUCCGCUAAUAAUCCUUGGGAACACUGUCUACACAAAUAUCCAGUUGAGAUCGAUAUAGAUUUAACAGAGUGAGCGAUUCUAUUGAUCGUUAUAAGUUAUGAUAUGAAUCAAGAAGAUAGAGACGUUUAGACUGGUUUAUUAUAUCGUACUUAAAUUUGGUCGGUCCAAAAAUGUACAACUAAUCUAUCCUUUCUCUAUGUGUUGUUCUUUUAAGAUUUUUUUGUUUGUUUGUUUUUUUGUUGUUGUUGUUGUUGUGAUGCUUAAAUCCUCUCGUCAACUAUUUAAGAAUAAGAUUUGAUGCGUGGU